AUGGGGGAGGAGUUGCACGAGUCCGACGUGAUGUGGCCGGAGGCGGACGGCGGCGGCGAAGCGGCCGCGGCGAGCGAUAACGAGGAGAGGGAGGUGACUUCGAGCCGGAAGACGGCGGCGGCGGAGGAGGAGGGAUGGAGUCGACGUUGGGCGGCAUCGUCCUCGCCGCCGGUGGGGAUCCCGGGCGGCGGAAGCAGGAUUAGGAAGGAAGGAGAAGAUGGAGAGGCAGAGGAGGAGGAGUGGGAGCCGCCUCAUGUGGUGGCGUCGCGGCGGUGGGCCGAGGCGGGGUUCUCCGGCGAGGGGCGGCGAAGGCUGAAGGGGCGGGAACUGAGGCACGUGCGGGACGCGGUGCUGCGCAUGACCGGAUUUUUUGAAGGCUCAUGUUACCCCUCGGCGACCUUCACUCCCCUUGCUUUGCUUAAAGGUUCAGAAUCUGCGACGUGUCCGCCAACCACAGAUAAAAGUCUUCGUCUCGUAAAAGUGCUCACCCUUGUCAUUGACUUCCCCAUUUAA